ACUCGUCAUUCUUAACUGGCAUUAAGCUAUACGAAAAUGGAGAUCUCAAGUUUGAUGCUGCUCAUAGGCUUUGUCAUUUUAAUACUGUAUGCGAUGUUGGUAAGAAAAAGUCAUAAAACUCCUCCAGGACCUUGGGGUUUGCCUGUUAUUGGUUAUAUUCCGUUUAUUAGUUCCAAGGUACACCUGGACUUCGAGAAACUGGCAAAAAUUUAUGGACCUAUUUUCAGUUUAAAAUUAGGAAGCCAAUAUGCUGUCGUUUUCAAUGAUUUCUUUUCAACGAAAGAAGCUUUUGUACAGGAUGCUUUCAUGGGCAGGCCUCCAGAAUCUCCUUUUGAACAGCAUGAGGUAACACGAGUGACUGAUGCAAUCAACGGUCUUCCAUGGAAAGAACAAAGACGAUUUUCAAUGCAAAUGCUGAGAGAUUUAGGCUUCGGGAAACCUCGCAUGGAAGAACUAAUAAGAGAAGAAAUCAUCGACUUAACAGAUCACAUUGAAAAAUCUGAAGGAAAACCAAUAGAAAUGAAGCCUCUUUUGUCUCCGAGCAUGUCCAACAAUAUAGCUACUUUAGUUUUUGGAAAGCGCUUGCCGUUUGAUGAUCCAAGACGUAAAAUGUUGGACUAUGUUGUAAGUGAAACCUCGAAACAGGCUGGACAAGUAAUAUGGCAGCUUUUCUUUCCAGGAUUAGCAAAAGUCUUAAAUUUCUUGCAUCUGGGAGGUACAAGUGGACUUUCUAAAUUAAAUAUGAUGCUGAAGGAGUAUAUCGGUGAAGAAGUAGCAGAGCACGAAAAAACGUUAAAUGAAUCAGAUAUUCGAGACUUUAUUGACGGCUAUUUAAUAGAAAUUCGUAAGCGAAAUGAUCCAACAUUCUGCAGGCCAGUUCUGAUCGAUGUUGUUGGAGCAUUUUUCGGUGGGGGAAGUGAAACCGUUCGUACGACACUGGACUGGUUGUUACUGACUAUGGCAGGCUACCCAGACGUACAAAAGAAAGUUCAGUUUGAAAUUGACGAGGUAAUCUCUCGAGAACGCAUGCCUACGUAUAGUGACCAUCUCCAAAUGGCAUACACCGAAGCAACCAUCAUGGAACUUUGGCGAUGGCGAACUAUUAUACCUAUUAAUGUUGUCAGAUACACUCUUGCAGAUGCAAAAGUGAAGAGCUUCUUCAUUCCAAAGGAUUCUUUUAUCUUAUCCAACUUAUGGGCAAUCCAUCAUAACCCGGAAUAUUGGGGUGAAGAUGCAGAGCUUUUCCGCCCGGAAAGAUUUUUGACUGAAGAUGGCAAGGAAAUAAAGAAAAUAGAAUAUUUAAUUCCAUUCUCAAUUGGCAAAAGAGCUUGUCCAGGUGCAACAUUAGCACGAGUGGAAGUCUUCCUCUAUUUCGUAUCAAUUCUUCAGAAGUUCGACAUAAGUUUACCAGCUGGACAGACUGCAGAUUUCGAAGGAGAACUAGGAGCCAGUCUUAUACCAAAAAGUCAAAAGUUGAUUCUGAGAAAGCGGGUGGAAUUUCCGAAAACUAACCGCAGUGUUUAUCGUUUGAUAACAGUCGACUCUUAUCAGUUCGUAUCUCAUCUCCUUUCAUCGCACCAUAAUCUGAGAGCACACUUAAUUCAUUCUGUGCAUUCUACUGUGCAGCAAGCUGCUAAAAUGGAUAGUUUGACCUUGAUACUCAUUACAGUGCUCGUGAUUUUAAUCGUGUAUUUGAUUUUGCAAGGCAGAAAUAGCAAAGCACCACCGGGUCCAUGGAAUCUCCCUAUUGUCGGUUAUAUUCCUUUUAUGACUUCUAAACCAUAUUUAGACUUUGACAAGUUAGCAAAAGUGUAUGGACCUGUUUUCAGCUUAAAAUUGGGAAGUCAUUAUGCAGUAAUCUUCAAUGAUUUCUAUUCAACGAAAGAAGCUUUCGCUCAAGAUGCUUUUAUUGGGAGGCCUCCAGAAUCACCAUUUGAACUGAAUAAAGAAACAUUAGAGACUGAAGCUUUCAAUGGACUACCUUGGAUAGAGCAGAGAAGAUUUUCACUGCAGAUGUUUCGAGAUUUGGGAUUCGGAAAACCACGAAUGGAAGAACUCAUAAAGGAAGAAAUCAUGGAUUUGUUAGACCAUUUUGAGAAAACUGGAGAGAAACCAACAGAAGUGAGACCCCUUUUGGCCUCAAGUAUGUCCAACAACAUUGCUAUGUUAAUCUUUGGUUACCGGCUACCAUAUGACCACCCAAAACGCAAGUUGUUAGAUUACUGCAUCACAGAAAGUGCAAGGCAAGCCGGCCAAGUUGCAUGGCAAAUCUUUUUUCCAUGGCUUGCAAAAAUACUAAUUUUUUUGCAUCUUGGAGGCAAGAGCUCUCUUUCAAAAGUGAACAAGAUUUUUAGGGAUUAUGUAAAUAAGGAAGUAGAGCAGCACGAAAAAACGCUAAAUGAAGCUGACAUUCGGGAUUAUAUCGAUGGAUAUUUGCUCGAAAUUCGUAAAAGACAUGAUCCAGCAUUUUGCAAGCCAGUUCUAACGGAUAUGGUUGGAACUUUCUUCGGUGCGGGAAGUGAGACUGUUCGCUUGACACUCGAAUGGUUGCUGCUAACUAUGGCAGCUUAUCCAGAUGUUCAGAAGCAAGUUCAGACUGAGAUUGAUGAAGUUAUUUCGCGAGAACGCCUUCCUACCUGGGAGGAUCAUCGCCAAAUGCCAUACACUGAAGCCGUCAUAAUGGAACUGAUGCGUUGGAAGACAAUAAUACCAAUUAAUAUCCUAAGAUAUACUCUCACAGAUGCAAAAGUUAAUGGAUUCUUCAUUCCAAAACACAGUCUAAUUUUAUCUAAUCUAUGGGCUAUCCAUCAUAACACUGAAUACUGGGGUAAAGAUGCUAAUAUAUUCUAUCCGGAAAGAUUUUUGACAGAAGAUGGAAAAGAAAUUAAAAAAAUAGAAUAUUUUAUACCUUUUUCCAUUGGCAAAAGGGCUUGCCCAGGUGCAGCAUUGGCGCGGGAAGAGGUUUUCUUAUAUUUUGUUUCAAUUCUUCAAAAAUUCAAUAUUUGCUUGCCGGAAGGGAAAGUUCCUGAUCUUGACGGAGAUCUUGGAAUUGGCCUUACACCCAGAAGCCAGGAAUUAUGCCUGAAAAAGAGAAAUUAAACUUGUUUAGAUAAUUAACUGCAUGGACAACUAAUACCGUUUGCGUUAUACAGGAGGUGAUAAAUGUUUCGAGCUACAAAACCCAGAUAUCAAAUAAAAAUUUUAUUAUUGUUUCCUUGAA